AUGACCACGAUACAAUCGGCAGCCGCGCCACCUAUAUCUACCAACGCAUCUCAUGUUGUGAUAGGUGAUGAGAUCUCUUCCCACAGAAAGAGACCGAUCGAUGAGUUCACGGAAUCUGCUACGAAACGAAUGAAGCCGGAUUUCUCACAUCAAAUGUAUUCCAGACUGAUAAGGUCUGCGCUAGAUUCCUUGGACCAAGGAGACUUUUCCGCUAUAGAUACUCUCACCUCACAAGUCAACAUGAACCCUGCUAAGUCGGAUUCCUUAUCUAUAGGCUCCAUCACUGUUAUACUACGCUUACUUAACCAGGAAAUAUCUCGCCUGGAUAACAGGGCUACUACGCCUCUAAUACAAGCUCUUCUAAAUUACAACUGGUUGGGUCAUUUGGAGAAUCCGGCUUUUGUAAAGAGCUAUUCAACCUUCCUUACCGUUUUAGUAUCCGGUAUUCCGAAAUGGUUUAAUGAGGUGGUCAGCAAAUUGGUUUCUGGCUUUACCAGCAAGACUGAUACUGAAUUAUACCAACUUCAUAAAACGCUAAAAUAUCUCAUUCAAAUCAGUCCAACGUCAUUUAAUCUUCUACCGUUGAUUUUGCGUGAUAAAUUCCCGAACAAAGCCGCUCCAAUGGAUGAUAUGGUGAACUAUACCAAAAAUUUACUUGCAUUACUUUCAUACUGUGACGAUCUACGCUAUCCGAUAUGGUCAUUAAUUGUGGAGAAGCUUAUAAAUUUGGAUGUGGAGUUACAAAACCAAAUAGAUGACGUUGAUGAUGAUGACUUAGAUGCAGCAUUAAAUGACGAUGAAGAGAGUAAUGCCCGAGCUACUGAUAAUGACAUUAGCGCGAUGUCUGAUAUUUCCACUGUGGUGGCCUCGGAUGCUAUAAAUGAUAUAUGUGACGCUGAGGAAGUUGCAUCUGAUAUGGACAAUGAUGAAGAUGAUGACGAUUCAUUAAUGGACGAUGAGGAAAAUUAUAACGCAGAAAUUCAUAGCAUUAGUGAUUUAUCUGCAAAGUUAGAUUCUAUUAUGAAGCUUAUUUUUGAGAAGACGGAGAGUUCUUUUACUCCAGAAGGUUUAGAGUCUGGAAAUGGAGUUAAACUUUUUAGUACUUUGACAUCGAUCUUUAAACUAUACGUUUUACCUACCCAUUAUACCAGGUGCGUUCAAUAUUUGAUGUUUCAUAUGGUGCAACAACAGCCUGACCUUACCGACUCAUUUCUUGUCGUGCUCCUUGAUGUUGUGUUCAACGCCACAGAAAUUAUAGCUAACAGAAUCAAGGCAAUGCAGUAUGUCUCGUCAUUUAUGGCUAGGGCGAAGGGAUUAUCUAAGGAGCAACUUCUUUCAGUUAUGAAAUAUCUCAUGGCUUGGUGCAAUGAGUAUGUCACUGAAAGGGAAAAGGAAGUUGGAGAUGGUAAUGGAGGCAUGGACAGAUUUAAAAUGCUCUACUGUGUCUUACAGGGACUGAUGUAUAUAUUCUGCUUCAGAUACAAAGAUCUGAAGAAAGAGGACAAUGAUGAAGAAUGGGAGUUACGAUUGGAUAAGUUUUUCAACAAAAUGAUUGUGUCCAAGUUCAAUCCUUUAAAAUACUGCAAUGAAUCCGUUGUUUUGAUAUUUGCAAGAAUAGUUCAAAACGUGGAUAUGUGCUAUUGCUUUUCGAUCAUUGAAAAGAAUAAGAGGGAAAGGUUAAACGGAGUUCGAAAUGCUUCGGCCAACUCGGAUUCUUCUGAAAAUAGAUUUGAAAGUAAACAGGAGUUCUUGGACCUUGAGGCCUACUUUCCUUUUGAUCCUCUCAUGUUGAAGAAUUCUAAAAAGAUUGUGAAUACCAAUUAUAUUGAGUGGCAGAGUUCGGACGAUAGUGAAGAUAGUGAGUGA